ACUCUGGCAAAGGAAAUGGAGCUGGCGCGGUGGAGCACGGAGAAAGGCCGAACGUCGAGCAAACCGCCGCGCAAGCACGAGCUGGAGCAGGACCAGCAGCAGGAGGAGGAGCAGCAGCCCAAUCUGUCAGAGGCCUGGUCUGAGCCGGACCGCACCGUCUCGCUCGCGCGCAUCGGCCUGCCCGAGAACAAGACGCCCGUCAACCAGACCGUCUCGUCGCCAAACUCCUCCGAGCUCGAGCACUCGCCCCGCACCCCAGGCAAGAAAGCGUCGUACAAGAAGCUGGUGCAGCGGCUGCACGCGACGGAGCAGAUCAUCGAGGCGCUGCAGGCCGAGCUGAGCGCGCACAAGGCCCUGGCCAAGGCCGAGCAGCCGGUGGGGCAGGAGGCGGCGCUGGAAUCGCAGCGGGCGCGACUGGAAGUGGUGGUGCGGCAGAGCGAGGCGACGCGGCUGCAGCUGGAGGCGGCGGCGAGGGGCGAGGCGGGCGCCGAGGCCGAGCGGCAGCUGGCGGAGGCGGAGGGCCGCGUGCGGCAGCUCGAGGCCGAGCUGAGCGAGCGGGACGGCGUGCAGCGCCACCUGCAGCUUGUGCAGCUCGAGACGCAGGAGGCGCUGGCCACCAUGGAGGCGGCCAGGGCGGCCAUGCACGACGAACUGGUGCACACGAGGCUCGCCUGCCAGCAGCUGGAGCGACGCGCGCUCGACGCCACCAGCAGCAAGUGUCAACAGCUCGAGCAAGCCUCCAAGCAGGACAUGCAGCGCUGCCAGCAGCUGGCCAAGCAGGUCGAUGAGGCGGAGGUGCAGUGCCGCGCGCUGACGCAGCAGGUGCAACAGCUCGAGGCGGCGCGCGCCUCCGACAGCGACGAGCACUCUGCCAGCCGGCACACGCUGUCUUCGCCGGACCUGGGCAUAGAGAGCGACACCGGCCGCAGCGGCGGCGGCGGAGGCGACGGGAGAACUGGUAGCUCAAGCAGAAGCUUACCGAGAGCCAAUCCAUCUUGGAACGCUACGCUGCCUCGAGGCGCUCUACAAGAACCGCGACUGGCUGCGCGUAUAGGCCUCCAUGGAGAAGAAGCUGUUGCGCACGGACGAGGUGCUUCUCAAGGCCUUGCACAACCUCAAGCUGCUGCCCAACUUGAGUCCGCCGCUGAGGAAUAUACCAUCGCCGACGUCGUCCGUGUCUUCAACUUCGCCGGCCAACUGGUCGGAGCACUCGUCUGCAUCCUCGGCGCUUGCGGCCGCGACGUCGGCAUUUUUGGCGUCGCUGACGUCCACUCCGAGAAGAAGAAGGAGGCGGAGCCAAGCACAGCAUGCACAAGGCAGGCGAUCGGGAGCGAAAUUAGCGGCGCCAGCGGCAGUUGCAUGAAGCUAGAUUUGCGAGGCCUGAGGCCAGUCGCCAUUUUAGCAGCUGUGCUGAGAAUUGUUUUUGGUCUGCAGCCGUGCCGUGAUCGAGGAUUAAGAGGCCUGCGAGGCGGCCGGCGACCAACAGGCGGCCACCGAGGGCCGUGGCAUGCCACGGACGGCGUGCAGGACAAGUCAGAGGGCCCCGCUCAGCCAGAUUCUGAUUCCCAGUUUGCGAGGCCGACUUUUCCCAAGUGCAUCGUCACGCGGGCUUGCAAGGAUAUCCGCAAAUUGAAGCAACAGCAGCCUACGCCAGCAGCACAUGCAGGUGCAACCUUCGACCCUGCAGCCGCCGCCCAUCGCUGA